AUGAGAAAGCCGGGUAAGAGAAGCAGGGAUAGGCAUGCAUAUUUCUGUUCGAAUCACAAGGAUGAGGAGGACAAGUAUUUCUUCAAGGUUCUGGUUGGUGAUUUUGGUGAAGGAUUGGCCAUACCUGGUAAAUUCGUGCAACGUUUCAGAGGGCUAAUAGCAAACAGUGUUAAGCUAGAAUCACGCUGUGGACACACUUUUAAUGUUGAAGUGGCUAAUAAUUUGGGCAAACUAGUCCUCCUAACGGGAUGGAAGGCCUUUGUUACUGCCCAUGACUUGAAGAUGGGGGACUUCUUGGACAUGCCAAGAGUAUAUGCUGAGGUAUAUCUACCAUUUGAGGACCAAACACUGAUGCUUCAAUGCUGUGGCAAGAGUUGGGAAGUGCGGUGUCUAAUUCAGAAGGGAAACCCCGGAUCAAAAAGGUUUUUGCAAGGGUGGAAACAGUUUGCUUGUGACAACAAGUUGCAGCUGGGAGAUCUCUUCCUCUUUGAGCUACUUGAAAACACAAAGUACACGAUGAAAGUGCAUGUCAUUCGCGCAAAAUGA